UAAAGUCAUAAUGAAUUCCCCAUAAUCUUUUGCCUUUCCCAACACACACUCCUGUCUCUCUUCAUCUCUCUCUCUCUCUCUCUUUCUCUUCAAAGAUCUCACAACUUCUCUUCUCUGUUCUGUAAUGGCAACAGAAGAAAUGAAACCAGAAACUAAACAAAUCAUCAAAGAAGACCUUCCUCUUCCGACCAUACCAUCAUCUCUUCCACUUCCAUACAAGUUAUCUACUUUGAAAGUUUCAAUUCACUGUGAAGGCUGCAAAAGAAAAGUUAAAAAGAUCCUUACUAGCAUUGAAGGUGUUUAUAAAGUGGACAUUGAUGUGAAAGAACAUAAAGUAACAGUACUAGGUAUUGUCUCACCGGAGAUUAUGUUAAAGAAGCUUCACAAAGCUGGUAAAAACGCUGAACUAGUACCGGAGAUACCCGACCCGGUUGAAACCAAACCCGACGACCCGAAAGAGAAGAACAAGAACAAGAACAAGAAGAAGAAAGAAGAGAAAGUGCAAAUAACUCAUGAAGCUGAAGCUACUGUUAAACCGGAAAAAACCGAACCCGGUAAGUGUGAUAAACCGGUUUCUGAUAAAACCGACGGUGGUGAAAAUGCUCCGGUGAAAGAGGAGAAAAAGGACGUUCAAGAAAAGAAAGAUUCUGUUAAGGAAGAAGAAUCUCCGGUACCACCAACGGAUUCACCACCGGAGGAUUCUCCGGCACCGGCGGCGGAGAAGAAAGCUGAAGUAACCGGUGAAGCUGGUAAUGGCAAAGUUGGUAAAAAGAAGAAAAAGAAAGGGCAAAACUCGAACACUCCUCACAAUCCUACCGGUGGACCUGCGCGUACUCAAUCACUUCCUCCUCCCACUACAGAAGAUCAAGACCGUUCAUCUAAUCAUAUUCCAACCAAUAACAAUCCGCCACGUCACGAUAUGUAUCAUUAUCCUGCGCCAAACUACUAUGCGCCGCAAGUCAUGUACGGCGUAAGUUAUAACGUUGCGCAGCCUCCGUUAAGUGUAGACGCUGCGUCGUAUUAUACACCACCACCGCCGUACUCGUACGCUUACAUGCACCAUAAUUAUCAACCGUACGAUCAAAACGCGUAUCCAUCUCGACCGUCGGAUUCGUAUGAGUUGUUCAGCGACGAGAAUCCAAGUGGUUGCUCGGUUAUGUGAUGGUGAAUUACCAAAAGGACCUUGAACUUUACUUAUACGCCUUGUAUGACUCAAGGGUGGUUUCGUAAUUUAAGUUAUACACGUGCAUGUUAGCUUAAUGAGAGUCUUUUUUAAUGUUGUUGUAUUAGUUUUGGUCUAUAACUAUGAUUAUGUUUAGAUAAAGAUUAAGCUUUUGUUUUUAUUA